UACUCAGUCACUUUUUAGAAACACGCGUAAAAAAACGAGGGGAAGAGAAAUCGACGCCUGCCAUGAACGGUUUUCAGCACGGAUCUCAUUCACUACACGCGUGUCCGCGCGCGUCAAGCAGCGCCACGCCCGGAUCUGCCGCGUGCGCCAUCCACACGCAACUGCAAGGCGCGCUAGCUGUGCGCGCACGCCAACACGACGGCAGCCUGCCUGCCUCCCUUUCCCUCCUCCGGCCUUUCCCUCCGGCUGCUGACCCCCGGCCGGCCCCGCCGAGCUCCGCGCCCCGCCCAGGCCCCGCCGGCCCCCGCGGCGCCUCCCACACCCACCCGGGUUCGCGCCGGCGACGCGGCUGCUUUCCGACGCUCAGCAAGGGAAGCGCGCCGAGGUCGGGACCACCGAUCGGGCCCGGAACCGCGUGGCAAGCAGCGAGGACGGGUAGGAAGAGGUGGGGGCGACCGAAAGCAACCGGUGUUUGUGUGCGUCUCUGAACUUCUCGGAAAGCGCUUUGCCAAAACAGUCAUGGACUUGUGGUUCCUUCUGCCUCUGUGUGGGAUCUUGAUAGGAUCUGCAGUAGCAGAACCACCACAACCCAAGGACAUUCCACACGACCCAUUCAAUUAUGAUUACCACUCGCUGAGAAUUGGGGGGCUGAUUUUUGCUGUCGUCCUGUUCCUGCUUGGCAUUCUUAUUGUGCUCAGUCGACGUUGUCGCUGCAAGUUCAACCAGCAACAGAGGACUGGUGAACCUGACGAGGAGGAGGGGCCCCUGCGCAGCUCGAUUCGGCGUUUAUCCACAAGGAUGAGAUAGAAGAAGCCUGAAACUGGCUGCUCCUGACAUGUCGUUCCCCCCAUGAUCCAGAGUGUUCCUGUCUCUGCACUGCACACAGCCCUCGCCUCCCUGCUCCCCAGCAAGCCGCCUGCCUUUUGCACCAAACCUGGCAAAUCGCCAGGCCUGCUGUCUUCGUGGUGAUCCCAACCUAACUUGGAAGUGCUUAGCUUGCUGCGAGACUCCGAGAGAAAGGGGUUGUUGUCCGGCGCAUUUUGCUCAAGCUUAGUCCUCAUCCUAGGCGAUGGGGGAUACUAAAUCUGCCUCCCUGGUGCUCAAACGGUUACGAUGAGACUUCCCAAGAGCGGUGGUAGAAAUGAUUUUCGGACAUAUCUAGGCAUAAAGGCUGGCAGCUCUGUCCAUGAAAAGAAAACAGAAGGGUUGUUCUUCUUCCAGAGAAGCUAGGAGCUCAUCCAAAGUGGGGGGUUGCUUCCACUGGCCUUUCAGAUUGUCACUCAGUGCAAUCUCAGUGCAAGUGCAGAGUGCAAGCCAGCCUUUUCUUACUUGGUGCGUUCCAGAUCUUGUUGGACUCCCAAUUUCCAUCAGACCUGGCCAGGGUGCCCAAUGGCCAGGGAUGAAGGGAGUUGCCGUCCUGACGACAUUUGGAUGGCACAGUUUUGGGAAAAGCUGAAGGCGAGCACUGUCUCCAGAAGUUGUUGACACCUGUCUGUCUCGAAAGACAAUGGAGUGUGCCUUGGGGGGGUGAAGUCUAAUCGCUUUGUUAACAGCACCAGAGUGACCUCCCCAGGGCGCAAGCCUGGGCAGUGUGUAUGGAGGUCCCGGGCUGCCAGAUGGCAAGACCCUUCUCUCGGCCUUGCUGAUGUGGCCCAAAGGAAAGCAGAGCAAUACGUUUGACAGCAGCUUGGCUGUAGGAGUUGAUGGACAGAGGCAUACAAGGCACCAUCCAACCACCUUGAGAACUGCAGAUUUGUGUAGGGUUUUCUCCUUAGCCUUGUCUUCUCCUGAAGAUAUCCCUCAAGACAGCAGAGGUCUAGGAUCUGAGUCUUCCUUUACCUAGUCUUCCCAAGUUGACAAGGAGCCCCAUUUGCCCCUCACUUCCCUCUGCAGGACAUGCAGAAAUCACCUUCUUGACCAUUGGGCCCACUAUUGGUCUCAUCCACUCCAUCUGCUGGAGCCUGUCUUCAUAUGCAGGGGAAGUCCUUAACUCACUGAGGGUUUGAGACCCAUCGGCUACCCUCGCCUGGUUUAGCUGGCCACUUUAAGCCAUUUCCCAGAGUGUGGCUGCUGUCAUAUGCUGACAGCUUCUAGGAGCCACAUGUGAGAGCUGAGUGCAGGGUGGGGCCCAAAGCUGAACAAACUACCCCAGAAGGAGCAUAAUGUGCCCCCCAUCAGAGGUACUACCCCUCUCCUAACACCCCACCCCCAGGAAAAGGGUGAUGAAUAAUGCAGCCCCAACCGUGAGGCUCCCUAACCAGGAUUUUGCAAUUCCCCCAGAGCCUAUUUGUUGUAUUUAGCAGCUGCAGCCACAAGACGUAGUGGGGAAUAUUCAUUUUGUUCCUGUCUGGUGGAGUGCGAGUUCCCAGCCCUGCCAAAUGCACAAUAAUACACUCUUAUAAAUGGGAAGGGAGUAUGAGAUCUUUUUUUUUUUUAUGAGAGUAAAUUGAGGCCUUUCUUUCUUGAACAAAAAAUAGUGACAGUUUCGACAGGAAGAAGAAGUUCUGGCCUUAUUACAAGCUUGCUUUUUUGCCAAGAACUUCCUACAGUCAGUGCAGAAUAUCCAGCUGUUGGGCUCAGCAAGCUGGCUGGAUCUAACCAACUAGGGAUGCAGAAGCCGUAGCCCUUCCAGAUGUGAUAGGACUCUCAACUCAAAUGCCUAUGGUAACUGGGGCUGCUGGGAGUCCAGCACCAAAUUAGAGGACCACGGCUUCCCCAUCCUUAGCCUAAAUCUUUGCCUGUGGCAUAGCAAUGCAGCCUGGCUCUGAAAAUCCAGACCAGAACUGGAAAUCUACUCCCAGUUGCCGAUGCUUCAAACAACAAAACCCGGAGGCAGAAAGUAAUUCCCACCUUUGCCCUGAGUGUUGGGUGUGUAGGAUGCAAUAAAUGAGUGUGUACGCUAGUUCUCCUGUUAUACCGCCUUCACCUGCUUGGAAAAACGACUCUCAGUUAUAGGCUAACCUUGCUGUGUGUGGUAUCAUUUGAGGUUACCUGCAUUCUCUCGCCACAGAGCAGUGUGGUUUCUUUCCAGCAGAGGGCAGUGCCAUAACAUCCACCUGCUUCGGUUUCGUCUAGGCUGCGUAGGAGGAGCAGGUGUGGGUGGCACCUGUCAAAGCUUAAUGCCUGAUGCUCUUUGUGCUGCUGGCCCUUAGGAAAGCUCUCCACUGAGCCCCGUUCCCCUGGUUUCGCUGACCCCUUUCUAUGUUCCUGACCUUUUAUGUCUGCCAAGUCUCUUCCACGACAUUAAAAUGCUACUUUCUCCA